AUGAAAGACUACGAGAUUGAAGAAAAGAAGCAAGCUGCUGCAGAUGUCCUGUUUCAGUAUUCAAAAUUUGCAUUGGCUUGUCUUGGAAAUCAAGUUCGGCCAUGCGACCUAAGGAUGCAUUUGAUGAAGGAAAUUUCUGGUUUACCGACUUCAUUAAAGAAGGCCUCUUCCCAUGCCACUGCUGCUGCCCCUGACAUCAUGGGAGAAUCUUCGAGUUCAGGCAUUGCAAGACUUGAUAAGAUUGACACUCAGUCAAUCUUGACAAUCCAUCCCCAUCUAUCCUCAGCAGUCCCACUUUGGAUCCCCAAAAGUUCUGAAUACAGUUUCUUUGACACAAGUUGGCCACUCUGUUUGUUACCUGUUGCCCUUGUAAGUGAUACUUCCCACAGGGAUAACCCCAACAGCUGUCCCGUAAUGAAGAAAUACCUUGAGUAUGAAGAUGUUACAAGACGAGACCUCUUCAAUGUUUCUUUUAUUCGCAGAAUCCAAGUACAAGACAUCCGAGAACCCUCUCUCCCUAGCUCGACUUAUGGCUUUCAGGACCUACACCGCACAACAACACUCACCAUCUGUUAA